CGCUUCCGGGCCCCUGUAGGAGGCGCCUCCGGACCCUGUGACCCCGAUCUCAGGCAGGCUUCGUCCGCCCCUUGAGAGGCUCUGUGUUUCCCUAAGAGGAGAGGCCUUUGGAAGAAGAAGAAUGGCCCCCGGGCCGGCAGCCAGGGCCCGACAGGAGUCGGUGACCUUCCAGGAUGUGGCGGUGGUCUUCACGCGGGAGCAGUGGGCUUGCUUGGCCCCUUCUCAGAAGGAGCUGUACCGGGACGUGAUGCUGGACACCUACCAGAACCUGCUCUUCCUGGGACUGGCCGGGUCCAAGCCAGAGGUGAUCCACCAGCUGGAGCGAGGGGAGGCCCCGUGGAGGCCAGAGGGGAGAGUCUCAGGGAGCAGCUGUCCAGAUUGGGAGAUUAGACUUGAAAACAAGAAGUCAGCUCCAAAACUGGGCAUUUCUGUAAAGCAAUUGUUCCAGGACAGAUUCACAAAGAAUGAUUUCUGUGGCUCUAUCUUGAGAGAAGCCUGGGACUGUGAUGCCAGAUUAGAAAGGAAGCAGAGCAUGGAAGAUAAAAAUUCUCAGCAAGUAAAUGUCACCGAGAGGGAAAUUCCAAGUACAGCGACUUGUUGUGCAGGUGAUAAAUAUGUCCAAAGCAUCAGUUUGGGACCACAGCUUUUUGUACAGCAUAGAAUAUCUCUAGGAAGGGAUCCUCUCAACAACAGAACAGGCAGAGAGAGCUUCACUUUAUCUUCAGAACCAAAGAAAGGUCAUAAAAUUUGCUCUAGGGAGAUAGUUUCUACAUCUAAAUCAGAUAUUACUGUAUAUCAGAGACUAUAUUCUGGAGAGAAACCUAGUGAACCUAAUGAAUGUGGGAAAUCCAUCUUCCUAAGCCCAACCAUCAAUCCCCAUCAGAAAAUUCUUAAUAGAGAAAAAAUUCAUAAAUGUCAUCAGGUUGGGAAGGCUUCCUCCAAAAUCUUAGAAUUAAAUGAAAUCCAACAAAUUGACAAAGCAGACACACCUUCUGAAUGCACUGAACAUGGGAAACCUUUCGAUCACAACCCAUCCCUUCUUUCCCAUCAAAAAAUUCACCCUGAAAAGAAAUCUUAUGAAUUUUUGAAAUCCUUCCUCCAGAGUUCGCAACUUCCUCGCCACCAGAAAAUUCAUAAUGGAGAAAAGCAUUAUGAAUGUAAUGAAUGUGGGAAGACCUUCAGCCAGAGAGGUUACCUUCCUGGACAUCAGAGGAUCCACACUGGAGAAAAGCCUUAUGACUGUAAGGAGUGUGGGAAGGCCUUCCGCCUGAGAGAACACCUCACUCGACAUCAAAGGAUCCAUACUGGAGAGAAACCUCACAAAUGUAAUGAAUGUCGGAAAGCCUUCCACCUCAGCACAGACCUUACUCGGCAUCAAAUGGUUCAUACUGGAGAGAAACCUCAUAAAUGUCAUGAGUGUGGGAAGGCCUUUAGCCAGAGAGGGCAUCUUACUGUGCAUCAGACGAUUCACACUGGGGAGAAACCUUAUGAAUGUAAUGACUGUGGGAAAGUAUUUCGCCUGAGAGGACUUCUCACUAAGCAUCAGACAAUCCACACUGGAGAAAAACCUUAUGAAUGUCAUGAAUGUGGAAAGGCCUUCCACCUGAGAGAACAGCUUACUCGACAUCAGGGUAUUCAUACUGGAGAGAAGCCUUAUGAAUGCAAGGAGUGUGGGAAGGCCUUCUAUCUGAGCACAGAGCUUACUCGACAUCAAAGGAUUCAUACCGGAGAGAAGCCUUAUGAGUGCAAGGAGUGUGGGAAGUCCUUCCACUUAAAUACAGACCUCAUUGGACAUCAGAGGAUUCACACUGGAGAGAAGCCUUAUGACUGUAAGGAGUGUGGGAAGGCCUUCCAUCUGAGAGCACACCUUUCUCGACAUCAAAGAAUUCAUACUGGAGAGAGACCUUAUGAGUGUAAUGAAUGUGGAAAGGCCUUCCACCUGAGCUCAGAUCUUACUCGACAUCAGAGGAUUCAUACAGGAGAGAAACCUUAUGAAUGUAAGGAGUGUGGAAAGGCUUUCCUACUGAGCACAGAUCUUACUCGACAUCAGAGGAUCCAUACUGGAGAGAAGCCUUAUGAAUGUAAUGAAUGUGGGAAGGCCUUUCACCAGAGAGAAUAUCUUACUCGACAUCAGAGGAUUCAUACUGGGGAAAAACCUUAUGAAUGUAAUGAAUGUGGGAAAGCCUUCUGUCUAAGGGAACAGUUUACUCGACACCAAAGGAUUCAUACUGGAGAAAAGCCUUAUGAAUGCAAAGACUGUGGAAAGUCCUUUCGCCUAAGAGAACUCCUUACUUUACAUCAAAGGAUUCAUACUGGAGAGAAACCUCAUAAAUGUAAUGAAUGUGGGAAGGCCUUUAGCCAAAGAGGACAUCUUACAGUACACCAGACAAUUCACACUGGGGAGAAACCUUAUGAAUGUAAUGCAUGUGGAAAGGUUUUUCGCCUGAGAGGACUUCUUACAAAACACCAGAUAAUUCAUACAGGAGAAAAACCUUAUGAAUGUAAUACAUGUGGGAAGACCUUCAGCCUGAAAGGACAUUUGACUCGUCAUCAAAGCAAUAAAAGGCAUCCCUUGUAAAUUGACCUAUCUGGGAUUCUUAGGCUUGGAUAUGAUGGAAAUAAGAAAUAAAGCAACUAAAUAACUGGAGGGUAUUCAACUUUUGUAGAUUUAUCAGAUUAGCAUAAUAAAGGGGAUAAUUCUUGUAAUAAAAAAGAUAAUUCUUAUAAAAUUGAUUUACAUAAUGUAACAUCCAUCAAAA